AUUCAAACGGCUUCUUAACUUGCUUUCUAAGUCAUAUAUGUGUCACAUCAAAUUAACCUACCUAAUUGAGACCGUAGUAUAUUAUUCAGAGAGAUCUAUUUCUAUAUUAAGAAAUAUAAUAUAUGACCGAGUACUUUGGCGUGUAUCCGUUCAUUUUAUAACAAAUCGCACAGGCUACAACUUGACCUUUAUCAUCUUGGAAAUCUUGACAUUUUGGCUAUCUUUAUUUUCAACCCUCGCUACUGUUUUCUUUCCCUUCCCAUGUCAAUUCAUAAGCGUUGCAAUUUGAACUGAAACAAUUUAAAGGAAACUUCAAUUUCGAUCUCUUUAACUAUCUGAUAGUUUACGUAAUAUCUAAUUGUAUUCAUAUAAACAACCUAGACUGUAUUUUAAACUUCUAUCAGGAAAAAGUUGGAGUUUAAAAAACUUCUUGAUUUCGCUGAAAAAAACAACUUUCAAAAAUCUUUUAUUAUGUCAACAAUGAUGUGUGCAAAGUGUGCUCGACCAUUUACAAGUGGAAGCAUUUUAAGUGCUUUAGAUAAGAAAUGGCAUCCUGAAUGUUUUGUAUGUACUAUAUGUAAAAGAACUCUGGCCGAUCAAUCAUUUCAUGUGAAAAAUGAAGAUCCAUUCUGUGCAAAUUGUUGGAAAGAAAACUUUCAACCACGUUGUGCUACGUGUAAUAAAAUUAUUGAUCCAUGCGAACAAUAUAUGACAUAUAACGAAAGAGCUUAUCAUAAAAAUUGUUUCACAUGUGCUUCAUGUCAUCAAAGUUUGGCCGAAAAUAAGGAAGAUUUAAAUUGCAUUCAUAAUGACAAGUAA